UUGUCAGCAAGUUAGAACAAUUAGUAGCUGCUCUAACAUGGGCUGUACUUGGGUUAUGAGGAAGGUAACUCUGUCUUUCAAUGGUAACGGAGAUGCUGUUAAUGGAACUCCCCCUUCAUACCAGAGAAUGCACGAGGAGGAGCCACCACAAAAAAAGACAGCAGUGACGUUUGAGGAGAAAAGAAAGGAAAACAUGGAUCGAGGAAACGUGGAGUUGGAGAAGAGGCGGCAGAUGCUCCUAGAACAGCAGCAAAGAGAGGCAGAACGGAAAGCUCAGAAAGAGAGAGAGGAGCACGAGAGGCGUGAGCGAGAGCGUCAGGAACAGGAGCGUAAAAAGCAGCUGGAACAGGAAAGGCGCAUGGAGAAGCAGCGGGAACUGGAGAGGCAGAGAGAGGAAGAGAAGAGGAAAGAAAUAGAGAGACGAGAGGCAGCCAAGCAAGAAAUGGAACGGCAGCGGCAACAGGAGCUAGAGAGGAUACGGCGGCAGGAGCUGUUCAGUCAGAGGAAUAGAGAACAGGAGGAGAUUAUAAAGUUAAAGUCCAAGAAAAAGAGUUUACAGCUGGAGUUAGAAGCACUGGAUGAAAAACAUCAGCAAAUCAAUUUAAGAGUACAAGAUGUGAAAGGCAGAAAACUGAUUAAGAAAAAUGAGCUGGAGUCUGUUGAUAAAAAGUGUGAUAUGGGGAUUAUGGAGAUAAAACAACUUCAGCAGCAGCUACAGGAAUAUCAAAGUAAGCUGACGAAAUUGGUCCCUGAAAAACAAGCUUUAAAUGAAAAAAUUAACCAGAUGCAGCUGAUCGGCUCAUCUGAUAAUGCAGGGACAGGACUUUAUGGGAUUCAAAAGAAAGUCUCAGAUAAAGAUGGGUUAUGCCAAAGACUGCGGGAACAACUGGAUGCUUUGGAGAAAGAAACAUCUUCAAAACUGCUGGAAAUGAACUCUUUCAACAGCCAGCUCAAGGAAAUGAGAGAAAGUUACAACAAGCAGCAGGCAGCGCUUCAUCAGCUACAAAAAAUCAAGCAGGACAAACUGAGAGAAGUUGAGAAAAAACAAGCAGAGUUAGCGCUGAAAAAGAAAGCAGAGGAGGAGGCAAUACGGAAAGCCAAAGAAGAGAGAGAAAACUUUUGGAAAGAAAAAGUCAAGAAAGAAGAGGAAGAGAAGCAAAAGCGCCUGGAAGAAGAGCGAAGGCAAGAACAAUUACUUCUGGUAAAGACGAGGGCCGAAGAAGAAGCCACCAGGCUGAAGGAACGGCAGGUCCAGCAGCAGAAGCUAGCAGAGGAAAGGCAGCGAGAGGAGGAGGAGAAAAGGAAGCAGGCGGAAAUACAAAGGGAAGCAGAACAGAGUAGGAAGCAAGAAGAGGAGAGAUUGAGGCAGCUAAAAGAAGCAGAAGAAAAAAACAAAGCUCUAGAGGAGGAGAAGAAACGGAAAGAUGCUGGAAACAUAAAAGAGCAAGUGAGGCGUUUUUCCAAACUAGGUCUGGAUGAGAAGUUUGUAGAAAAGCUGAAACUGGGGAAUGAAGCGAGUGCUUUUGCUCCCACUGAACGUAGAAAGUCUACAGCGUUUGUGAACUAUAAAGCCUUGUACCAGUUUGAAGCCAGGAAUGCUGAUGAGCUUAGCUUGAAUGCUGGAGAUGUUCUUCAGGUUGAUGAGAAAAGCACUGGUGAACCUGGGUGGCUGUAUGGCUGUUACAAGGGAAACGUUGGCUGGUUCCCAUCUAACUAUGUUGAAAGAUUAACAGAAAAUGAGAAGAGCCUAUCUCCAAAGAAGGCCUUAUUGCCUCCCACUAUAUCUGUGUCUGCUACCUCCUCAUCUGCCAAGCCACUUUUACCAAGUGAGAACUCUACUGAAAUAAAUACGGAGUAUCAGAAUCUCCCUUUCUCAAGCCUUAAUGUCAACACAACAUGGCAAAAAACCUCUGCAUUCACCCGCACUGUCUCUCCAGGGUCUGUCUCACCCAUCCAUGGACAGGGUCAGACAGUGGAAAACCUAAGGGCACAGGCACUUUGCUCCUGGACUGCAAAAAAAGACAACCACUUAAACUUCACAAAAAACGAUACUAUUAUUGUGCUUGAGCAGCAAGAGAACUGGUGGUUUGGAGAAGUUCGUGGACAGAGGGGCUGGUUCCCGAAAUCCUAUGUAAAACUGCUUCCUACAAGCGAAAAUAAGAUCCCAGAGACAGAAGCUGUAUAUGCCUCAGUCAAGAAGAAGCCUCUAAGCACAUCACAAACAGCAGGAGAAGAUUAUGUGGCUCUCUAUACCUACUCAAGCACAGAGACUGGUGACUUGAUAUUCAAUGAAGGUGAUAUUAUCCAGGUGACACAGAAAGAUGGAGAAUGGUGGACAGGGAACAUUGAAGGCAGAAGUGGCAUCUUUCCAUCAAACUAUGUGCGACCUCGCGAGCAGGAGGUUUCGAGUAGUGUUGGCAAAACUGGAACGUUAACCAAAAAACCUGAAAUUGCCCAGGUAACAACGGCAUAUACCGCUACAGGAACUGAGCAGCUUAGUUUGGCUCCAGGGCAGCUUAUACUAAUACUAAAGAAGAACGCUUCUGGCUGGUGGCAAGGAGAGCUGCAGGCAAGGGGGAAGAAGAGGCAGAAAGGAUGGUUCCCAGCAACCCAUGUGAAAUUAUUAGGACCAAGUAAUGACAAAGCAACUCCAGCCAUUGUUGCAGUGUGUCAGGUAAUAGCAAUGUACGAUUACAUUGCAAAUAAUGAGGACGAACUCCGCUUUAGCAAAGGCCAAUUUAUCAACGUCUUAAACAAGGACGAUGUAGAUUGGUGGCAAGGAGAACUCAAUGGGAUGACUGGCCUCUUUCCAUCCAACUAUGUCAAGAUGACAACCGAAUGUGACCCCAGUCAGCAGUGGUGUGCUGAUCUCCAGUCACUGGAUACCAUGCUACCAAUGGAAAGGAAGAGGCAAGGUUACAUUCAUGAGUUGAUCCAAACUGAAGAGCGGUACAUGGAUGACCUGCAGCUUGUGAUAGAGGUUUUUCAGAAGCCGAUGACUGAAUCUGGUUGCUUAAGUGAACCAGAGAUGGGUCUUAUUUUUGUAAACUGGAAGGAGCUAAUCAUGUCGAACACUAAGCUGCUUAAAGCCCUGCGAGUUCGAAAGAAGACUGGGGGAGAAAAGAUGCCGGUGCAGAUGAUUGGCGAUAUCCUGGCGACAGAGUUGACCCAUAUGCAGGCUUAUAUUCGCUUCUGCAGCUGUCAGCUCAAUGGUGCUGCUCUGCUGCAGUCAAAGACAGACGAAGAACCAGAAUUUAAGGAUUUUCUAAAGAGACUUGCCACUGAUCCACGUUGCAAGGGAAUGCCACUUUCAAGCUUCCUGCUGAAACCAAUGCAGCGGAUAACAAAGUACCCCCUUAUCAUAAAGAACAUCAUGGAGAAUACUUCAGAAUCCCACCCUGAUCACAGUAAUCUGAAGUUUGCUCUUGAGCGAGCAGAGGAGCUUUGCUCUCAGGUAAAUGAAGGUGUACGAGAAAAAGAGAACUCAGACAGGCUCGAGUGGCUACAAACACACGUGCAAUGUGAAGGCUUAAUUGAGCAGAUAGUUUUUAACUCCCUUACAAACUGUCUGGGCCCACGGAAGCUAUUGCACAGCGGCAAAAUGUAUAAGACGAAAAGCAACAAGGAGCUGUACGGAUUUUUAUUCAAUGACUUCCUGCUACUUACUUACAUGGUCAAACAGUUUGUCUCCUCGGGAUCAGACAAGCUAUUCAGCCCCAAAUCCACUGCCCAGUACAAGAUAUACAAAACACCCCUUUUCCUAAAUGAAGUUCUUGUGAAGUUACCAAGUGACCCAUCUAGUGAUGAGCCCGUAUUUCACAUCUCCCACAUUGACAGAGUCUACACCCUGAGAACAGACAAUAUCAAUGAGAGAACAGCUUGGGUCCAGAAGAUAAAAUCUGCAUCUGAGCACUUUAUUGACACAGAGAAGAAGAAACGAGAAAAGGCCUAUCAAGCAAGGUCACAGAAAUCCUCUGGAAUCGGGAGGUUAAUGGUGCAAGUGAUUGAGGCUGCAGAGCUGAAGGCUAGUAAGCCCAAUGGGAAGAGUAACCCGUACUGUGAGAUUAGUAUGGGGUCACAGAGCUACGCAACCCGCACACUAACGGAUACACUCAGUCCCAAGUGGAAUUUUAAUUGCCAGUUCUUCAUCAAAGAUAUUUACCAGGAUGUGCUUUGUAUCUCUGUGUUUGACAGAGACCAGUUUUCACCCGAUGACUUUUUGGGUCGAACUGAAGUCCCAGUUGCCAAAAUUAGAACUGAACAAGAAACAAAAGGCCCUUCUACAAAACGUUUACUACUACACGAAGUGCCAACAGGGGAAGUUUGGGUGCGAUUUGAUCUGCAAUUGUUUUAGCAAAAAUAUUUUUCACUGGUUGGACGUUUAAGGGUUAUUUGCAAACAGGAACCCUCACUAUGUAUACACUACCAGAGAAUCACUGAAAUCUCAUUCCCCUAGAUCGCCUGCUCGCGCAUAUGGAAGUGCAGGGGCUGUCUGAUGCAUGGUUCAUUCCUGGCUAUCUAUGCAAAUCCAGUUUACGCAGAACACCUACAACAGCCAUAUAAUCACUGUGCCUUUACGGAGCAAACCUGCGCUGCUUUUGGUCUGUACAUAUGGGAACUGUUUGCAGGGUCAUAUUUAACCCCUUUUAAGCCAGGGUUACUCAAAGAGAUUUAUUGUUGAUGGAUAUGAGUGUACUCAAACAAAACAUACCUAAUAACACUCUAUGUAAAAAUACACUCAUUGUCUGUAUUCCUAUCUGUACAUAUUUGUCUCAGUCUAAAAUAGAUAGAUCAUAUCAGUUUGGAUUUAUGUGUUAAACAGGAUAUAUUUUUAGAUCACUAAAGUAUCCACUGUCUUUUUUUUUUUUUUUUUUAAAAAGACCCAACGUUUUGCAUAGAAAUGUGAUUUUCAAUGCUUGAUUUUAGAUCUCCAGCGUGCUUAAGCGCUUUAGUGUGUACUAUGAGCUAACAAACACAGAGACUGAUUUUUAACAACACAUCUAACCAGAGUGAAUCUGUAUUCCAUAUUUAUAAUACAUACAUGUGUGUGUGUUGGAUAGCAAGGCAUCAUGCCAUAUAAAGGCCUUAGACUAACCUGAAAAUUUUCCCCAUGGGAAGAUUAUUUAUAACAUGAUUUAAGUGCAUUUUUGGUGUAAAUUUUUAUAUAUAUUAAAAAAGUAUAAAGAAAAUAUAGAAACAUAUUUGAAUGCGA